AUGUUAGGAUCUUAUCAAUUAUUAGUACUCAUCAAAUUAAUUCUCUUCGAGGUACUCGGACUAAUGUGUAUUGAAGACGAUUCAUUUCGUCGUUAUCAUCGACUACGUUCUUCGAUUGACAGUAAUAGUUUAUCCGGUACUCCAUUUAUCAUUAUUUCUGUGUCAGUUGAUGACUAUUUUGCUGUUCUAAAUUGUUCUACACCACAACGAGUAUCACAUGAUAAACUUGAUUGGUAUUUUCAAAAACGUGCUUCUUUAAAUUCACCUCGUGUUAUUUGGCAACGUGGCCGUUCAAAUAUUCAUCGUUAUACAGCUUAUUCACCAGAUCAAAUUCAACAUUAUUUACAAAUAAAAUCAGUUAAUUAUAAUGACAGUGGUACUUAUAUUUGUAUUGAUCAAACAACCGGUUUUUCCGACAAAGUAGAACUUAUCGUUCGUAAGUUCAAUUGUAUAUAUUUAUUACGUCAUAUAUUCUCUUCAAUUUACACUUGA